UUCCGUGUUUUUGUCUACUUCCCCUUGUUUUGCGCAUGCUCACAUCGAUAGACAAUGCGGAUUUCGAAGCUAAUAAAAAUAGCUAGCUAGUAAGCUAAAAACAAUCUUCUUCUUGUUAGGCUUUCAAGCGGGGAAAUGUCCAAAACGCAUCCACAGCCCCCGGUAUCUUCGGCAGCGACGACCACCGGGGGCCCCUCUUCGUCCUCGUCGCCUUCGCCCGCCGGGGGUUCGACAUCUCCCGCAACCGUGUUGAACGUGCAGCCCGAGAAGCCCCAACAUUACACAUACCUGAAAGAGUUCAGAACGGAGCAGUGCCCCCUGUUCGUCCAGCACAAAUGUACUCAGCACCGACCCUUCUCCUGUUUCCACUGGCACUUCCUGAACCAGCGGCGCCGCAGACCCAUCCGCAGACGGGACGGGACCUUCAACUACAGCCCGGACGUCUACUGCACCAAAUACGACGAGGGGACGGGCACCUGUCCAGAUGGAGAUGACUGUCCGUUCCUGCACCGAACGGCGGGCGACACCGAGCGCCGGUACCACCUGCGCUACUACAAGACCGGAUCCUGCAUCCAUGAGACGGACGCCAAAGGCCACUGCAGCAAGAACGGCUCGCACUGCGCGUUCGCUCACGGGUCACAUGACCUGCGGACGCCCGUCUACGACAUCAGGGAGGUGCAGGUGAUGGAAUGUCAGGGCGGCGGGGGCAGCGCCGAGGGGAGCGCAGGGGACCUGCAGUCGGGUCAGGCGGCGAGCACGGCGCUGAUCGAGAAGAUCCUGAGCGAAGAGCCGCGCUGGCAGGAUAACGGCUACGUGCUGUCCCACUACAAGACGGAGCUGUGCAAGAAGCCCCCCCGCCUGUGUCGCCAAGGUUACGCCUGUCCAUAUUUCCACAACAGCAAAGACAGGAGGCGGAGCCCACACAAGCACAAAUACAGGGCGCUGCCGUGUCCCGCCGUGAAGCAGAGCGAGGAGUGGGGGGACCCCAGCAAGUGUGAGGGGGCGGAGUCAUGCCAGUACUGCCACACCAGGACGGAGCAGCAGUUCCACCCCGAGAUCUAUAAAUCCACCAAGUGCAACGACAUGCAGCAGAGCGGCAGCUGCCCCAGAGGACCCUUCUGUGCCUUCGCCCACGCUGACAAGCCCUUCGCUCCCGAAGAGCCCGCCUUCCCCGGCCCCGGCUCCCCUCCGCCCCCCAGACCCCCGGACCCCCUCCCAGGCCAGGACGCCUGCCAGAGUCCCAGCAGCCACUCUGACCCGUUCUCCCCGACUGCCUGCUCUGCGGCGCAGGGGCUGCUGGGAAACGUCCUGUCCAUGUGUGAGGACGUUUGUGGCAGGGCGGAGCCUCUGUGUCCGUGGGCGGGAGAGGGGGGGUACGGCAGGGCCCCCGGAUUUGAGCGGGAAGAUCACGCCAAACAGAGACAUUUUCCUGCAGAACAACGAAGCCGAGAGUUCUCUGCACAGAGCAAACAGGACCUGCUGGUCUUCCUGCCGGUCGGCAGCCCGUUGAGCCUUUCCUCCAGCAUCCCGUCCAGUCUAGCAGCCACCCCCCCGAGCCCCGCCCCGUUUGGACCGCCGGGGUCUGGCGUCUCGUCGGGCAUGAACGCCAACGCCCUGCCCUUCUACCCCACCAGUGAGACGGUGGAGUCCGUCGUUGAGUCGGCGCUGGACGACCUGGACCUGAAUGACUUCGGCGUGUCGGCACUGGAGAGGAGCUUGGAGAGCAGCCGCCCCGGUGUGGGGGUCAUGUUAGGAGGCAGCCAGCUCCAGAGUUCUGCCCCCGUCAACAUUCCCGGAUCCUUCAGCGGCGCCGCUCCGUUCAGCUCGCCCUCGCCGUCGCCCCCCGUUAGGCCACACGCCUCCUCUUUCUUCUCCACUCAUCUGUCUCAGCCCAGCCAAUCAGAGAGCUCCUUCCUGGGCCCCUCCCACAGCUCGUUGGGUCUGAACGGCAUGAGCACCAGCAUCUGGGAGCACUUCCCCCCCGCCCAGGGCUCCCCCGGGACGCCCCCCGCCCUGCUGUCCUCCGGCCUGUCCGCAGAGGCCGGCCGGCUAAAGCAGGAGCUGGAGGACGCCCACAGGGCGCUGAAGCAGUGGGGUCACAGCUGGAGGCACACAGCUCAGGCGUGGACGGCGCUCAAAGCAGAGGCGGAGGAAUCGCGCUCCAGCGUGGCGCGGGCGUCCAUGGAGGCGGAGCGCGCUCGGCAGGCAGAGGAGGAGGCGCAGCGGCAGAUCGCGCUCCUGCAGGAGGCGCUGGAGAGCCUGCGCAGCGGAGACAACCCCCACCUGGCACUGCACCAGCUGCAGCUGCUGCACCGGCUCCCCCUGGAGGCUGUGCAGGGUCUGCAGGCUCAGCUGUGCGCCUGUCUGCACGCCGUGGAGCAGGUGGUGUACAGGAAGCAGAGGCGGUGCUGCGUGACCUGCGGCGAGCAGGGCUCGGUGGCGCUCCCCUGUGGCCACGGGCUGCAGUGUGAGAGCUGCUCCGCCUCCACGGAGUGCCCGCUGUGCCCCGAGCAGACCCCGGAGCCGCAGCUGUCCUGACGCCGGCACCGGUCUGUCCCGGUUCCUCACAGACCGAUUCGGACGCUCACGGAGGCAGCGUGGCGGGAACGCUUCUGUCUUUGACCACGAACACUGUUGUGAUGUCAGAGACGCUCCGUCUGGAUCCUGACGAUCACAUGAACUCAGCAGAACAAUCGGGCCUUCUCCAGAACCUACGACCGUCCUUCGUGGUCAGGAAUGAUCCGGUCCGCUUCAGUCAGAUCUGCCUGGAAGGAUGACUCAGCGUUUCUUUAAGGGCGCUGCGUCAUGUUUCCCCACAGAUUCAGCUCAAGCGAAGCGGAGGCUGAAGGUUCUGGACGGCCCGGCCCAAAACGCUCAGGUUCUCCAGACGUCUGCAGACUAACCUCUUCUGCCAAAACCUCUCCUGAGCUGUGUGGAUAUAAUAUAUCAUAUAUAUUAUAUAUAAACUGUAGUAACGUGAUGUUAUCUUGCACUGACGUGAAGGUGUUGACGAUCACUGUGAUGGUCUGAGGCGCCGCUCGCCGGCGCCGCUCGUUCCUUCAGAGUCUUUCUGUUUUUGGUACUGAUCAUUAAAAGUCUAUUUUUGGAGGAA